CGCAAUUGGCAAAUCGUGUUUGCCACAAGAUAAAAGAGGCAAUAAAAAAACAAACAGAGAGAUACUAUUUCUUGUUUGACUCUCUUAUAUUGCACUUAUGUCUGCUGCUGCUGUCUCUCAACAAUCAAUUAUUGAACCUACCAAGAAAAACUGGCGUGGAUUUUUACUGGAUGGUGACAAUCAUUCAGCCAAAGCAGAAUUCCCUGAUCGUAUUACAGGUCCUUCUGUUUGGGACGGUGGAGAGCUAGAAAGUCAACCUGAGAAAUGGAUUUAUUACUUGACACCUGAAGACAUUGCUGAUAUUGAUCAAGCCCUCAAUCACUUUGUUUCACUUGACUUGCCUUUAAGUGAUAUUGCUCCUGACAAUUUUCCUUUAAAUCAUUUCAAGGACGUUAUUCUCAAGGAACGCGAAAACCUGUUUAGUGGUCUUGGCUUUGGACUCUUGCGUGGGUUUCCUAUAACUCGCUAUGAGCGUAAAGAGCAAAUCAUUAUCUUUAUGGGUAUCGGUUCUUAUAUUGGUGUUCGUAAACCUCAAAAUGGUAAAGGGCAUGUCUUGGGCCAUGUAAAAGACUUGACAGAGAAUUCAACAACAAAAACUGUCUAUAAAGAUGAUGACCCUACAACUCGUAUUUAUGCAACACGUCGAGCCCAGCCUUUUCAUGUGGAUGGUACUGACGUUGUGGCUCUUUUGUGUCUAUCGGAAGGUCAUGAAGGUGGUCUCAGCUCCAUCAUUUCCUCUCAUACAGUCUAUAACCGUUUGCGUGAACUGCGUCCUGAUAUUGUGGAGUUAAUGAAACAGCCAUGGUUAUGGGAUCGCAAAAAUGAGCAUGGGCCUGAUGAACCCGGAUAUCUCGCUGCUUCUCCAUUGACUUACUACAAGAACCAUUUGUUUACCUUUUGGGGCCCUCAUUUCUUUGAAACAGUCAAUCGUUUUCCUGGAGUUCAUGUUGAAAAAGAAAAGUUUGAAGCCAUGCAUUAUAUUCAAGAAUUAUGUGAGCGUGAAGCACUCAAUAUGAAGCUGGAAGUAGGGGAUAUUCAAUUAGUACAAAACUAUCAAAUUCUGCAUGCCCGUACUGCUUAUACUGAUACUCCUGGUAAGACUCGUCAUUUAUUGCGUUUAUGGUUCUUGGUGAAUCCACAAGAAGUUGGUUGGGAAAUGCCAUUUGCUCAAGGUGACUAUAAUUAUAAUUAUCAAUAUGCCAAACAGCAAGUUGUACCACUUGAAGCAGAAUAAUUUAUACACUAUAACAAUAAACAAAAGCAAU